AGCAUUCAAACAAUACGGUGGCAACGCCAAGGUGGUCCACUUCCUGGGUCAGACCAAGCCGUGGAGCUACACGUACGACCCCAAGACCAAGAGGGUCAGUGGGGACAUGCAGGAGACCUCCACACACACCAGCUUCCUUCUGGACUGGUGGUUCCUCUACUCUUCCUCUGUGGUGCCCAUGAUGGUGGAGGGAUACGGAGACCAGCCUUUCCACUCUGGCUGUGUGGAAGUUCAUCUAGAAUUCCAGUCCCCUGUCAAAGAAAAUUGUGACCACCAUGGUCACUGGCCUGGGUCAUGGUCACAGAUCAAUAGUCACAAGGAAGGUGGCUGGAAGGGAAACAGCUCGUCACAUGACUCCCAUCACACUGAGCCAUACAUGUCACCAGAGACAUCCGAGGAACGCAAGCAGAAAUGGGAGCAGGGCCAGGCGGACUACAUGGGAAUGGACUCGUUUGACAAUAUCCAGAAAAAGCUUGACGCUUUUCUCAAAUAAAGGGAAACUGAGUUUGACUGAUUCAGUUUAGUUAGUUUCACCCACCCCUCCAUCUUACCAAUAGUUGAUUCUCCAUAUUAGUGAGCCAUUACCCACCCCAGCUCCGAAGACUACAACACAAUUCUGUUACGAUGGGAAACAUUCUGACAUUGUUGGCAGAGGGCAUCCAACUGAGCAACACUUGUAUAGUAUGUUUAUCCUGUUAUAUAUGUACUGUGAAGAUCACGACACUGAAGCACCGAUUUAUUGACAAGCUUUUACAAGUCCUAUCUACUUUUUUUUUCUAUUUGAAAAUGUUUAGAGAAUUAAAACCGCAAUAAAAUAUAAUAAUUAAAUAUG